UUUUUCUACAAUAAAUUUAUGUUUUAGUGUCUUAUUUCAUUUCAUGCUGUGACAGUCGUCACAACAACUAUCAUUUAUAUUUUUAAUAUUAUAUCGAAAUAGAUAUUGAAGUUCCAACCUUGACCUGCCCUGAUGACAUCAAUCAAGCCACAAAUCUAGGCCAGUCAACAUCAUCAGCAACCUGGAAUGACCCAGCAGUCACCGACAAUGUUGAUUCUAGUCUGUCAGUUACUUGUUCUCCUGUAUCUGGUUUCUCAUUUAUUGUUGGUUCAACUCCAGUUAUAUGUUCUGCUAAAGAUACUGCUGGAAACACAGGCAGCUGUACAUUUAAUGUUACAGUCAAAGAUAUUGAAGUUCCGACUGUGAUGUGCCCUGAUGACAUCAAUCAAACCACAGUUCAAGGCCAGUCAACAUCAUUAGCAACCUGGAAUGACUCAGCAGUCACCGACAAUGUUGAUUCUAGUUUGUCAGUCAUUUGUUCCCAUGUAUCUGGUUUAUCGUUUAGUGUUGGUUCAACUCCAGUUACAUGUUCUGCUAAAGAUACUGCUGGAAACAUAGGCAGCUGUACAUUUAAUAUUACUGUCAAAGAUGAAGAAAUUCCAAAUGUGAUUUGCCCUUCUGACAUCAGUAAAUUCACAAUUGAAGGCCAGUCAACAUCAACAGCAACCUGGCGUGAACCAGUGGUCAUCGACAAUGUUGAUUUUAGUCUGUCAGCCACUUGUUCUCGUGCAUCCGGUACAUUGUUUGGUGUUGGUUCAACUACAGUUAAUUGUUCUGUUGAAGAUAGUGCUGGGAACACAGGCAGUUGUACAUUUAAUGUUGAAGUUAUAGAUAUUGAUAUUCCGACUGUUAUGUGUCCUGAUGACAUCAGUCAAACCACAAUUCAAGGCCAGUCAACAUCAGCAGCAACCUGGAAUGAGCCGAUAGUCACUGACAAUGUUGAUUCUACUCUGUCAGCCAAUUGUUCUCGUGCUUCUGGUUCUUAUUUUAGAGUUGGUACAACUGCCGUUACUUGUUCUGCUACAGAUACUGCUGGAAAAACAGGCAGCUGUACAUUUAACGUUGAAGUCGAAGAUAUUGAAGUUCCGAGUGUGAGCUGCCCUGAUGAUAUGAGUCAAGCCACAGAUCAAGGCCAGUCAACAUCAUCAGCAACCUGGAAUGACCCAGAAGUCACCGACAACGUUGAUUCUAGUCUGUCAGUUACUUGUUCUCCUGUAUCUGGUUUAUCAUUUAGCGUUGGUUCAACUCCAGUUUUAUGUUCUGCUAAAGAUACUGCUGGAAACACAGGCAGCUGUACAUUUAAUGUUACAGUCAAAGAUGAAGACAUUCCAAAUGUGAUCUGCCCUUCUGACAUCAGUAAAUUCACAGUUGAAGGCCAGCCAACAUCAUUAGCAGCCUGGCAUGAACCAACAGUUAUCGACAAUGUUGAUGUUAGUCUGUCAGCCACUUGUUCUCGUGCAAAUGGUUCAUCGUUUAGUGUUGGUUCCACUACAGUUAAAUGUUUUGCUGAAGAUACUGCUGGGAACACAGGCAGCUGUUCAUUUAAUGUUGAAGUUAUAGUGAUCAAAUUUUUCCCGGAACCCCUUUCUCUUUCGGGUUAUCCAUUCAUGGAAAAAAGAAUAGAUAUUGAAAUUCCGACCGUGACCUGUCCUAAUUACGUCAGUCAAACUGCAGUUCAAGGCCAGUCAACAUUAUCAGCAACCUGGAAUGUGUCUCUUAUACACAUCUAG